ACCCGUAGUGAACCGUAUAAAGGGGCCGAUAUCAAGGAAGCUCUGACCAGUCGUACUUAGACUCACUAAGGGUAAUACACUGUCCCCUGCACCAUCACGAUGUGUGACGACGAAGACACCUGUGCGCUCGUGUGCGACAAUGGCUCCGGCAUGGUCAAGGCCGGUUUCGCCGGAGACGACGCCCCUCGUGCCGUCUUCCCCUCCAUCGUCGGUCGUGCUCGUCAUCAGGGUGUGAUGGUCGGUAUGGGUCAGAAGGACGCCUACGUCGGUGAUGAGGCCCAGAGCAAGCGUGGUAUCCUCACCCUCAAGUACCCCAUUGAGCACGGUAUCAUCACCAACUGGGAUGACAUGGAGAAGAUCUGGUACCACACCUUCUACAAUGAACUCCGUAUUGCCCCUGAGGAGUCCCCCACACUUCUCACUGAGGCUCCCCUCAACCCCAAGGCCAACCGUGAGAAGAUGACUCAGAUCAUGUUUGAGUCCUUUAGCCUUCCUGCCACAUACAUUACCAUCCAGGCUGUCCUUUCCCUGUACGCCUCUGGUCGUACCACUGGUCAGGUUUGCGACUCUGGUGAUGGUGUGACUCACAUGGUCCCCGUCUAUGAAGGUUUCGCUCUUCCUCAUGCUAUCCUUCGUCUGGAUCUUGCUGGUCGUGACCUUACCAACUACUUGAUGAAAAUCAUGACUGAGCGUGGCUACUCUUUCACCACCACCGCUGAACGUGAAAUCGUCCGUGACAUCAAGGAGAAGCUUUGUUACAUUGCCCUUGACUUCGAGAGUGAGAUGAACGUCGCUGCUGCUUCCUCCUCCCUGGACAAGUCCUACGAACUUCCUGAUGGUCAGGUCAUCACCAUCGGUAACGAGCGUUUCCGUGCUCCCGAGGCUCUGUUCCAGCCUUCCUUCCUUGGUAUGGAAGCUGCUGGUGUCCAGGAGACCGUCCACAGUUCCAUCAUGAGGUGCGACAUUGAUAUCAGGAAGGAUCUGUUCGCUAACAUCGUCAUGUCUGGUGGUACCACCAUGUAUCCUGGUAUUGGCGAUCGCAUGCAGAAAGAAAUCACUGCCCUUGCUCCUUCCACCAUCAAGAUCAAGAUUAUUGCUCCUCCUGAGCGUAAAUACUCCGUGUGGAUCGGCGGUUCCAUCCUGGCCUCUCUGUCCACCUUCCAGGCCAUGUGGAUCACAAAGGAUGAAUACGAUGAGUCUGGCCCCGGCAUUGUCCACCGCAAGUGCUUCUAAAUUAAUUUACUACGAAUAGAAUGUUCAAUAUGAUUCGUUAUUAAAGUACAAUUAUAGUGCAUAUUCUUGUAUAUUUACUGUAGCCACCGUUGGGGGUGGAUCUUAAGAUAAGACCAUGAUGAUUGGAAAGAAAUGAAACAAACAGAAGAAUCUGGUCGAUUUUCCAAUGAAAUAAACUUGGGGAAAAGUAAAUAACCAUAAAUAAAAUUGGAAGAUAAGAAA